AUGGGGUCAACUAUCAAAGUACGUCAACACUACACAAAUCCAAUAUUUUAUGGAAUGGCGUUCGAAUCCGACAACAGUACGUUCGAUGAGACGAUGAUUAGCCUUCACCCGAUGGUAGCCGAUAUGUGGCCCAUUCGAACAUUCAAACCUGCUGCUGCUAUAACACAAAAGGGUGGUCAACCAAAUUUAGCUUUUGCUCAUUUACUGACACAAGUAAAUGCCGUUCACAAAAGGGGCAUACGUGGUAAAGGCAUCAAAAUCGGUGUCAUUGAUUCAGGCGUCGAUUACAAGCAUCCAGCUCUUGGAGGAUGUUUUGGUAUAGGAUGUAGAAUAGCCUAUGGUUACGAUUUGGUAGGUGACAAGUACGAUGGCACCAAUACACCUGUGCCUGACAAAGAUCCCAUCGAUAAUUGUCCUAUUCCAUCUCUUGGUCACGGCACACACGUCACAGGUAUAAUGGCGGCGAAAGAAACAAACCUGACCGGCGUUGCACCUGAUGCCACUUACGGCAUGUGGCGAAUAUUCGGCUGCCAGGGUUCAUCGGGAAAUGAUGUUAUUAUUCAAGCUCUAAUUCAAUCAUACGAAGCUAAUAUGGAUAUAAUCAGUUUAUCAUUGGGUAACCCAUACGAGUGGCAAGAAGAUAUCACAUCGGUUGUGGCGGAUAGAAUCGUCCAACGCGGAUGUUUGGUAGUUGCAGCACAAGGCAACGGUUUCUUUUCUUCUUCAAGUGUCACAGCUGGAAACAGCCCUGGUGCCGGUCACGGCGUUGUAUCUGUCGCCUCGUUUGAUAACGCCAAGAUUGUGACCAGCGUGUUCCGUGUCGGCAAUACAAGUUGUAGUUAUGCUGGACCAUUGGCUUACCCAUAUCAGCCUCCGUUUCCCAACUUAGAAAUUGUACCGACAGCUACGGCGCUCGACGCUAAUAGUGACUUGUGUAGUAAAGUCGAAAACAACGUGACAGGGAAGAUUGCCCUUGCUUAUCGAGGCACAUGUAGCCAAGGCGCCCAAGCACUCCUAGCUCAAGAGCAGGGCGCCAAGGGUUUGCUUCUCUACAACUAUGUUGGUGAGCCAGCAUUCUUCCCAUUAUACGUUGAUCCGCGUAUCCAAAUCCCCGUGGGAGGUAUCAGUCAUUCCGAUGGUAUUGCUCUCUUCAAGCUUAAAAAUAUGAAAACUGUAGCAAUAUUUAACAAAAACUCCUAUUUAUACCCGACUCUGACUAACAGUGGUCAUAUAUCUUACUUCUCCAAUCUUGGUCCACCCAAUGAACUCCAGUUAAAACCAGAUUUGGGCGCUGUCGGUGGUCUUGUCUAUUCAACAGUGCCUCUUAAGUUGGGUGGGUACGCCACCUACUCGGGAACGUCCAUGUCGACGCCGUAUGUGAGCGGCUCAUUCGCCUUGUAUCUUCAAGCGAAAAAAAUGUCGAGAAAAACAAAUUUCAAUCCUCUUUCAGUGAUCCAGAAAUUUCAAAAUUAUGCUAAAGUGACCACAGUUAGUGUCACCGAUAAAUCAAUCGAAACACCCCUACGUCAAGGAGCCGGUUUGGUUCAAGUUGCUGACACUAUCAACAGUGAUACAAUCGUCCGUCCGGGUAAAAUAAGUUUCAACGACACUCAGCACUUCAAAAAAAAACACACGUUAUACAUUAACAAUAUAGGCAAAACAACGCUCAAAUAUACGAUCUCUCACAUACCGGCUCGCACAGUUUCGCCGUAUGAUCGAGCAUCGACAGGCUACGCUGUCCAAACGCCGUUUGCCUAUUCUAAAUCGAACGCCAGUGCCAAACUCACAUUUUUGCCUGGAUCGGUUAGCGUUCGUGCGGGGAAAACCACACAAGUGAGCUUCACUGUUGAACCACCCAAACUCGAUCAAAAAGAUCAUGACCUCUACGGUGGUUACAUUGUUGUGAAACCAAACAAAGGAGUGGCAGUGCACAUUCCAUAUAUCGGUGAAGUUGGGAACCGAUAUGAUUUGCCUAUACUAGAUCGUAAAUCCUUUCCAUAUUUGAGUAAAAGAGGCAAUAGUACAGCUAUCACAAAAUUUCCGUACACAUUCAAUAGAUGGAGCAAUACUACUCAACCACAAGUAAACAUUAUGUUUUUGAGCGGGACAGCUCGAUUUCGCAUCGACAUUGUGAACAGCAACGGGAGCGUCAUCGGUGUUAUGGUUGAAGAUCGUUAUUUGCCUGCGGUACCGAUCAGCGGAGAUCCUUACUAUAUAUAUAUUUGGGAUGGUACGUUACUCACAUCGCUUAGCUCCGUUCGUUCUUUAGUCGGAGCCGGUAUAUUUAAAAUGAAAAUCAGUGUUCUGAGAAUAUUCGGAAAUCCAUCGAGCGCAAAUAACUAUGAAACAUGGAUAUCGUCGCCGAUCAAAGUGACGUGA